GGCGGCCCCGCGGCUGCCGGGCGCCGGCGGGGCGCGCGCGGGCCAUGGCGGCGGCCGGGGCUCCGGCGGGCGGCGCGGGGCGCUCGAAGGUGGCGCCGAGCGUGGACUUCGACCACAGCUGCUCGGACAGCGUCGAGUACCUCACCCUCAACUUCGGGCCCUUCGAGACGGUGCACCGGUGGCGCCGCCUCCCGCCCUGCGACGAGUUCGUGGGGGCCCGGCGCAGCAAGCACACCGUGGUGGCCUACCGGGACGCCAUCUACGUCUUCGGCGGGGACAACGGGAAGACGAUGCUGAACGACCUGCUGCGCUUCGACGUGAAGGACUGCUCGUGGUGCAGGGCUUUUACCACGGGGACCCCACCAGCACCACGGUAUCACCACUCAGCUGUGGUCUAUGGGAGCAGCAUGUUUGUGUUUGGUGGCUAUACUGGAGACAUUUAUUCCAAUUCCAACCUGAAGAAUAAAAAUGAUCUCUUUGAAUAUAAGUUUGCAACUGGACAGUGGACAGAGUGGAAAACUGAAGGAAGAUUGCCAGUUGCGAGGUCAGCCCAUGGCGCCACAGUGUACAGUGAUAAGCUGUGGAUCUUUGCAGGAUACGAUGGCAAUGCACGGUUAAAUGAUAUGUGGACAAUUGGCCUACAAGAUAGAGAGCUAACAUGCUGGGAAGAGAUUGAACAAAGUGGUGAAAUUCCUCCUUCAUGCUGUAAUUUUCCUGUGGCUGUUUGCAAAGACAAGAUGUUUGUUUUCUCUGGCCAGAGUGGAGCAAAGAUUACCAAUAAUCUCUUUCAGUUUGAAUUCAAGGAAAAGAUUUGGACACGAAUUCCUACCGAGCACUUACUUCGAGGCUCCCCUCCUCCUCCACAGCGAAGAUAUGGCCACACAAUGGUUGCGUUCGACCGGCAUCUCUACGUGUUCGGGGGUGCUGCAGAUAACACGCUGCCCAAUGAGCUUCACUGCUACGACGUGGACUCUCAGACCUGGGAAGUUAUCCAGCCCAGCCCAGACAGUGAGUUACCCAGUGGGAGGCUCUUCCACGCCGCAGCUGUUAUCUCAGAUGCUAUGUACAUCUUCGGCGGCACAGUGGACAAUAACAUCAGAAGUGGAGAAAUGUACCGGUUCCAGUUUUCUUGUUACCCUAAAUGCACUCUGCAUGAAGAUUAUGGAAGGCUGUGGGAAAACAGGCAGUUCAGUGACUUGGAGUUUGUUUUGGGAGAGAAGGAAGAACGAGUCCGAGGGCACACCGCGAUUGUUACAGCUCGCUGCAAGUGGCUGAAAAAGAAAAUCAUACAGGCAAGGGAGAGGUUGAAGCAGAAAUCGAAGCAAGAUAUUGAAGACGAGGGACAUGCAACGUGUCAGAAGGAUGGGAUUGGUGGGAAUGUCAAGUUGUGCCGCCUGCAGCCGCUGCUGGAAGUGCCCAUCAGAGAGGCUGAGGCGCAACCCUUCGAGGUGCUCAUGCAGUUUCUGUAUACAGAUAAAAUAAAAUACCCUCGCAAAGGUCAUGUGCAGGAUGUGUUGCUCAUUAUGGAUGUAUACAAACUGGCCUUAAACUUCAAGCUCUCUCGACUGGAACAGCUCUGCCUUCAAUAUAUUGAAGCAUCCGUAGAUCUGCAGAACGUGCUCAUUGUGUGUGAAAAUGCUAACAAGCUUCAGCUGGAUCAGCUAAAGGAACAUUGCCUGAACUUUGUGGUGAAGGAGUCACAUUUUAAUCAGGUAAUAAUGAUGAAGGAGUUUGAGCAUCUUUCUUCAUCGCUCAUCGUGGAGAUUGUACGGAGAAAACAGCAACCUCCUGUUCGAACGCAUUCCGAUCAGCCGCUUGACAUCGGAACAUCUUUAAUUCAGGACAUGAAGGCUUACCUAGAAGGAGCUGGCACUGAAUUCUGUGAUAUCAUCCUUCUCUUAGACGGCCACCCCCGGCCAGCCCAUAAAGCAAUCCUGGCAGCCCGCUCCAGUUACUUUGAAGCCAUGUUCCGUUCCUUCAUGCCAGAAGAUGGGCAAGUGAAUAUUUCUAUAGGUGAAAUGGUUCCCAGCAAGCAAGCGUUUGAGUCUAUGCUUAGAUACAUUUAUUACGGAGAAGUAAACAUGCCUCCUGAAGACUCCCUCUACCUCUUCGCUGCACCUUACUAUUACGGCUUCUCCAACAACAGGCUGCAAGCCUAUUGUAAGCAGAAUCUAGAAAUGAACGUCACAGUGGAGAACGUACUCCAGAUUUUAGAGGCGGCUGACAAGACCCAGGCCCUGGACAUGAAGAGGCACUGCCUGCACAUCAUCGUUCACCAGUUCACCAAGGUCUCCAAGUUGCCAAAUCUCCGCUCCCUAAGUCAGCUGCUCCUUCUUGACAUCAUCGAGUCGUUAGCUAACCACAUAUCAGACAAGCAGUGCGCGGAGCUGGGCUCAGACAUAUGACAUGCUUUGGUAACGGAACUUGUCAUUUGUUCCUCAAAAAACCUAGCACUUUACGGCUGACUUUCUUUUUUACCAUUCCACACUGAGCCGCUCGGUGUCUGGGCAGUACAGCAGGCGGCCCAGAGCAGCGCGGGCGGCUGACGUGCUCUCCCGGGGGUUUCCUUGCUUUGUACCUUUGCGGAGAAGGGCUUGGUCUCUGUUACACAAAUGUAAAAUUGAAACCGUUGCCGGAGGGAAUUAAUUCCACAUGGUUUUGGGAGUAGCUAAGUUCGGAAUCAAGCCCAUUAUUACUUUUAUACUGUAAAAUAAAGCAGUCAUGAGUAAGAGAGUCAUUAAUCCUUUGAAACACACUAUUUAAAGAAUACUAUUUAAAGAACUCCAGCUGACACAGCCAGGGGCCGUAAGGGGAAGUCAGAUGUAACAAAACUGGAAGCGGAGAGCUGGUGUUGGCACCAAGGCUCACCGUUGGACCAGGAUGGAGUGACUUUUCGGAGAAUCUCCGGGGUGUGGAUUAAGAUAAGCCCUUUUGCCACUGCCUGGAUUGGUGGGCUGCAGGAAGUCCAGACCUGUGCUCUGCGGCAGGUCAGACGAGAAGAUUACAGCGUCCUGUCUGACCAUCGAAUCCAUUAAUCCUUUCUCACUAAGGCUUUCUAAAGCAA